CCACCUCCAAUCCCAUCUCCCAUCCCACCUCCAAUCCCAUCUCCCAUCCCACCUCCAAUCCCAUCUCCCAUCCCACCUCCAAUCCCAUCUCCCAUACCAACUUCCAUCCGAUCUUCCAUACCAACUUCCAUCCCAUCUCCCAUACCAACUUCAGUUUCAUCUCCCAUCCCAUCUGAUUUCCGACCAUCGUGUUUGAAGAAUGGUACCAACACCCUUCGAUUCAACCCAAGCCUGGAAGGCACUUCUUGAUACUGCUGAUGAAAUAAACCUGCGUGGAAGCUUGAGAAAAUCACAGAUUGCACGUAUAACAGAAGCCGCGGCUAUAUUGAAAAGCAUCCAAAGAACUGCGAGACGCCAGAAGUAUAGAUUAUUCCUAAACAAAAUUCUCCGCCAUGCAGGUCCCGGAGUAGUUCUCCUUUGCGCUGCCGCGCUUGGACAGGUCCGCAUUACGGACUUGAAAGAUCGUGAACGAGACGAUUUCUGCCAUCAACUUCAGGCCAAGGAUAUACCUCCUAACAUCAAUGAAUUGGCGACUCAGUACGACAUACCGCUUUCGGAAAAUGAUCUAGAAACCUCAUUGAUUGCCCAAGAUCGUUCUGUCAAUCAGCCGGUGAACCAACAAUUAUACGACUCCAUCUCAAAUGAUCCCGACCUUCCAAGUGCAGAGGAACAGCGAGUGAUCGAAAAUGCUACCCCCUACGGGAUAGCGAGUGUCUUUAAUGAGUACCUAUGUGGUGCAAUCAGAAGAGUCGAGGGGGACUCGAAAGCUGCGGUGACGAUGGCGUUCCCACUCUGGGGAGGCCCAGUCCAUUGUCUCAUGAGCUUGGAUAUCUGCGAGCGGUAUGUAGAACAACUUGCCAUGGCACUAUUCGGUGCAAAAAUAAAAUGGGUUGAACAGGUACUACACCUUGUUCUCCACGAAGGCAUAACAUUGAUCAUACCUAACUCCGAAGCUACCGUGAAAGGAGUCAGUGACGAGACUAUUAUAAAGAUUUUUGGGACUGAAAUAUAUAGCGCCAUCACGGAAUGCCCUGUCCACAUGAGAGAAAUUGCUGAAGGGAAGCAUGUUACGGAAUGUGUCUCCAUGAUAUUUACCAAAAAGGGGGCUAUUAUUAAUUUGUCGCUAGGACUUGAACGUGGUCUUCAGCUACAGAAUAAGAUGUAUAUAUAAAAU